AUGAGGAACCUGCUUUAUGGGCCUGGAGAAGCUCUUCAAGGUCUCAAGAGCUCUCAAGCUCCGUUCCCGCUGCGGCCGAUCCCAAACGACACCCGCUCGCCCUUCCCCUCCCUCCCCGCCGGCCUCCGAACCUCGUCCGGCGGCCCGCGCUGCAUCUCAUGCCGGGGUGGCCCCACCCGCGCGGCCGUGCCCCCUUUAAGAGCCGAAGGAGGAACCGCUCCCAGCGCUGAGGGGGCCGCGGCAGGGAGCCGUGCAGCGGGGGCAGCUCUGCCUGCGGCCCCGGGGCUGGGCUGUGCCUCUGACUGGGUCGGGUACCGGAACAUGUGCUACCACCUCUCGCUGAACAUCAGCAGCUGGAACGGGAGCCAAGCACAGUGCUCACAGCACGGGGCAUCGCUGGCCAUGCUGCAGGAGGAGUGGGAAAUGGAGUUUCUGCAGCGCCUCCAAGGUGAUUUGGAUUGCUGGGUGGGUGUGAGGAGACAGGGUGAGCACCUGGAGAGAGUGGAUGGCAGCAACUUCACCUUCAGGGUCUCACUUCAGGGGGUGGAUCCUUGUCUGACUCUGAUCCAUGGGCACCUCAGGGGGGCGAGUUGCUCUGACCUCUACCCCUACAUCUGCAGCAAACCCCUGAGCCACUGGAGAAGUGGCCUUUCCCAGGCUGGGCACCCACAGCUUUAGCUCUGGCACAGCUCAGAGCAGCACUGGGGUGUCCUACCCCCUGCCAGGCCUGGGGUGAUGAGGGGAGCUGAUGUGGAAGCUGCCAAGUGCCUGAAUGUGAGCUCAGGCCUGGGCUUGGGGUUUCUGCUGGGACCAGGAUGCUGACUCCACCGCUGAUGCAACUCCUCACAUUGUAGGAGGCCUUUUCUACUCUGUAAUAAAAACC